UCUCUUCAAAAAAAAUUUAAUGGUAUUUUCCCAUAAAAACUCUAUAUUAAUUGAUCUUUCUCCGCAAAAACUCUUAACACAUACUUACACUUCUAGGUAGUACAUCAUGAUCUAUCCAUCGUCCUCCAUGCAUGUCUAUAAAUGUAUACAGGGCCGGAUUUGAGGGUAGGCAACAAGUGUAGUGGCCUAGGGCCCAUCAGCCAAAGGGGCCCAAACCAAAAAAUAAUCUACCUAUAAGCUACGUGAUAACUGAUACUUAAGUGUUGCAAAAAAAAAAUGAUACUUAAGCUACAUGAUAACUUAUUUCCUCCUAUUUCCAAAUUUUCAUGGCCUUUCAUUUCCACCUAGUGCUUUUCUCCAAAUCUCAUUCAAUUCUUCCCAUAUUCCAAUUGUUUUCACCAUUAUUUCUCAUGAAAAAUAUCAAAUGCUUCCCAAACAAAAUAGAAUUAUUUUAGAUGGGGGCCCAUUUUUUUUAUUUUGCCUAGGGCCCAUAAAAUGUCAGGAACGGCACUGAAUGUAUAACAAAUUAUCCCCACAUAUAACCACAGCAAAUCAAACUUCCAUCUUUCCAUCCUUAAUUCCCAUCCUCAAGAAAAAAGAAAAUAAAAGAAGCCUAGUCUCUUAUCCCUCUACUAUUUUUCAUCACCUCCAUUAAUACAAUGGCACCAUCUAAAGACAUUAUUAAUGCAAAAGCAUCCUUAGUGUUCAUGGUGACGAGACGGACGCCGGAACUAAUCCGUCCGGCAGAACCCACCCCAUAUGAGUUCAAAGAACUUUCGGACAUCGACGAUCAAGAGAGCCUUCGAUACCAAAUACCGUUCAUACAAUUCUACCGAAAUGAAUCCACCCAUAUGCAUAUGGGGAGGAGGGACCCGGUGAGAGUGCUCAAGGAAGCCGUGGCGAAGGCGUUAGUGCCAUACUAUCCCUUGGCAGGGCGGCUGAGAGAGAAAUCUGGAAGGAAACUGGAGGUGGAGUGUAAUGGGGAAGGGAUCAUAUUCAUUGAGGCAGAUGCUGAUGUUACUCUUGAGGAUUUUGGUGAUGGUGAUAUAAUUCAACCUCCUUUUCCUUUGGAAGACCUUCUUUUUGAUGUCCCUGGCUCUACUGCUAUCUUAGGGACCCCUUUGAUUCUCAUGCAGGUCACUAGGCUCAAAUGCAGUGGCUUCAUAGUGGCACUUCGACUGAACCACACAAUGUCCGAUCUUCCUGGCCUAGUCCAAUUCAUGAAUGCAGUAGCUGAGCUCGCGCGUGGAGCUCGAUCACCAUCGAUCCAGCCAGUGUGGGAGCGCCACCUUCUUCGCGCUAGGGACCCACCCCGAGUCACCUUUGAGCACGAAGAGUAUGAUACAAUAGCUGACACCAAAGGCACCGUUAUUCCAUUUGAGGACAUGGUGCACAAAUCCUUCUUCUUUGGGCCCACCGAAAUAGCUGCUAUAAGGCAGUUGAUACCAGUGAAUCAAAAAGCCACAACAUUUGAAAUUCUGAGUGCAUUUGUUUGGCGUUGCCGCACAAGUGCGCUACAACCGGAGCCGGAAGAAAUAGUGAGAAUGAUGUGUGUGAUCGGUUUUCGAAACCUAUUCAACCCUCCAUUAUUACCUCCGGGUUUCUACGGUAACACCAUUGUUUUUUCCAUGGCCACUUCUACCGCUGCCAAACUUUGUAUCAACCCAAUUGAGUAUGCCUUGGAACUCGUGAAAAAUUCCAAAGCUAGAUCACAAGAGUACGUCAAGUCAACUAUUGAUUACAUGGUCAUCAAAGGUAGGCCCCACUUUACAGUGGUUCGAAAUUUCGUGGUUUCUGACCUGACUCGAGUUGGGUUUGACAAACUGGACUACGGGUGGGGCCAGCCUGCUUAUGGUGGGCUUGCUAAAGCUGGAGUCGGAGCAAUACCUGGAGUUUCGAGUUGUCAUAUUCCGUUUAAGAAUAGGAAUGGAGAGAAAGGAUUUGUGGUUCCUAUUUGUUUGCCUAAGAAUGCUAUGGACCUAUUUGUUAAAGAGUUAAAUCGGUUGUUGUAUCAUGUUCCAAACCAUCUCUCAGUCGUUGCUUUGAGAGCUUCAUCUAUUUCUUCUUCUCUAUGAUCAUGCACACUAUUGUAUUGUUCAAAACUUAUCUCAUGUCAUGUCAUGUCAUGUCAUGUCGUUGUUAUCAAAAACUACGGUCGGUAAGUUUGUAAUGCACGUGUGUGAUUUCUUAAUGUGUACGUGAGCCGUCAGGCAUAAAUAAAAACAAGCAAUAUGGUGUAUUGGUGUUAUGAA